CUCGUGCUCUACCUCACAGACAUCCUACUUUACUCAAACGCUGACGCCAAGAUCAUCUACCACUCGUUUACAAUGUUCGCCUACUUUUUUCCCGUUCUGGGCGCUAUCUUAUCGGACAGUUACUUAGGAAAAUUCAGGACUAUACUAUACGUGUCGAUGAUAUACGCCGUUGGGAGUAUUCUCCUGGCUCUCACCGCCAUAAAACCGCUAAAUAUGCCCCAGAAAGGAAUGUCCAUUUUGGGACUUUUGCUCAUCGCUGUUGGAACCGGAGGAAUCAAGCCCUGCGUUUCUGCUUUUGGAGGAGAUCAGUUUAUUCUACCACAGCAAGAAACUCAGCUAGCUUUGUUUUUCUCGUUUUUCUACUUCUCCAUCAACGCUGGGAGUUUGAUCUCUACUUCUGUGACUCCGAUUUUGAGGCAAAACGUCCACUGUUUCGGCGAAAAUAGCUGUUUUUCACUUGCCUUCGCAUUACCCGGAGUUUUGAUGGUAGUGUCAAUAGUCCUCUUUGGUCUUGGAAAACCUCUGUACAAAGUUAAGAAGCCAGGAGGAAAUGUUAUAGUGGAUGUUACCAAAUGCAUAACAUACGCAAUCGGGAAAAAAAUCAAGUCCAAAGAGAAGAAGGAGCACUGGCUGGAUUUCGCAGAAGACAAAUAUGGCGUCCAAUUGGUCACAGACAUCAAAUCCACUCUUAACGUUCUGGUACUUUACAUUCCUCUACCCAUAUUUUGGGCACUAUAUGACCAACAGGGAUCCGGCUGGACUUUCCAAGCGGUUCGAAUGGAUGGUGACAUUGGGUUUUACACUAUCCUUCCAGAUCAGUUUCAAGUAGUGAAUCCUUUGCUCAUUCUAGCCUUCAUUCCAAUUUUCUCUUACUGGGUUUAUCCCCUCCUGUCGAAGUGCAACUUGUUGAAGACUCCACUCCAAAGAAUGGCUGCAGGAGGAUUGUUAGCAGCUGUGGCUUUUGCAGUUUCUGCUUUGGUGUCCAUUGCCUUGGAAAAUACUGACCCGGUAUUGCCAUCUGCAGGAAAUAUUCAGCUUCGAAUAUAUAAUCCUUCCCCAUGCAGUGCAUCUUUUUAUGUGAAAGAACUCAACUUGGAGUCUCCUCCAAUGGAAAGUAUGGAUUAUUACGAGAAGAAGGAUAUUGAUCUCAUGGGAAAUACGAGUUUAACAUUCCAAUUAACUCUGAACUGUUUAAACGGAGAAACGAUUCACAAGGAAUCCAAAGAAAAUGUAGAAGGAGGAAAUUCAUAUGGUAUUUAUUUUGGAAAAGAUGCAAUUCAUUGCUAUCUGGAUGAGAUUGCGAAAAGCGAGGAUGGUUUUCCGAGAAAUCGUUCGAAGGUAAUCACCGUUACCGAACCUAAUAGUGUUCACAUGCUGUGGCUACUUCCUCAAUAUUUCAUCAUCACUGGUGCUGAAAUUAUGUUUUCCAUCACCGGCUUGGAAUUUUCAUACUCGCAAGCACCAAGUUCUAUGAAAUCCUUGAUGCAAGCCUGCUGGCUCCUGACGACUGCAUUCGGAAACUUGAUCAUUGUGAUAAUUGAGUCUGCAAAAAUAUUCGACAAACAGUCGAAUGAUUUCUUCCUUUACACUGGUUUGAUGGUCGUAGACAUAAUUCUAUUCGCUUUCUUGGCAAUGAAGUACAAGUACGUACAAUCGGAGACCAGUGAACUAGAAGAACUCAAGGACACAAAUGGAGAUGACCAUGAUGAGAAAAUAAAAAAUGGGUUAGACAAUCCAACGUAUAAAGAAAAAUAAAAUGCUUGGUGUGAAAACAUAUUUGAAGGAACAAACUGAUACUUAAUUUUUGUGUUCAAUUACUUGCCGAAGUUUCUGCAUAGGGCUGCUUGGUAGCGACAACUUUUCCAUUAUAUGAUUAAAUAUGUCACAGGAAGAAAAAGAAAUAUCCCUGAGACAAAAAGUGUUCUUUUCAUCACUUGGAUUCAUUCAGUUGGAGUCAUAUUUUUCAAAAAAUAUCAAGCACUUUAAUGAAAUGCCUAGUAGCCUUAACGCUGAAAAUUUCCCCUCUUCAGAACAACUUGAUACUUGAAAAGUUAAUUUAUUUAUGCUUUAUUGUAUCCAAUUAUUUUUAUAAAAUGUACAUAUUUCAUGUGUAAAUAUACCAUUCGAUAGGAAUAAGUGUA